AGAGGCAGGUAGCUGGGCUGACUUGAGACAGUCUUGAGGCUGGAGUCUUCUCUCCUGCCUGGAGAAGGGCUGUCUCUUUUUUACACACUCACGACAAACAUACACACACACACACACACACACACACACACACACACACACACACACACGGACCACGCGCAGCUGCAGAGACAGAGAGAGAAAUAGACAGACACAGGGAGACACCGAGGACGACUUAGCCUACCAGCAGCCAUGGCAGAUAUGGACUCUCUGGCUGAGGCUCUAAAAGCCAUUAGUGUGAGCACAGAACUUAUAGAUGAGGAGCUGAAGCCUCAUAUGGACACAAUUCUGAACCUCCUGCUAGAGAAGAAACGGGGCACUGCGGAGCAGAUAGCUUCCAGCGGGAUCCUGCCCACACUGGCCCAGGCUCUGAGGAACAAGGGCUCCCUCGUGUCCCAGGUCACCCUGCUGGUGGCAGAGAUGGCCAGAGAGGCUGCUGUGAGGGAGCAGUGCAUUGAGGCAGGCCUGGUUGCUGCCCUGGUGCCCCUGCUGAACAGCUUGGACCAGGAUCUGCUGCUGCAUGCGGGUCGGGCCAUCGGACGCAUCUGCUUCGACAACACUGUCCAGCAGAUUCAGCUGGUGCACAGUGGCAUUAUCCCCAGGUUGAUGGACAUAAUGCACCAGUACCCAGAGAACGACCCGCUGGUCAACGUCUGCCUUCUGGCUCUGUGCAACCUUGCUGAUAUGGAUGUGGCGAGAGAAGCUUUGGCAGAGGUGGCGGUGGCAGAUGUCCUGACUGUUCAGCUGAAGCGGGCUCCAGACGCAGAGAGGCGCCACCUUAUCCUGGAGGUGCUGGGGAGUCUCGGAGAGAGCGAUGGACUGAAACUCCAGUUUGUGGAAGCAGGAGUUCCUGAAGCUCUCUCAGAGAUGAUUCGUGGAUUGCAGGGUGACUCUGAUCCUCAUGACCUCUGCAGUAUUAAAAUAGCUUCCAAUCUCAUAGUGACGCUAUUACUGGGGGAUGAGUCCAUGCAGAAGUGCUUCGGGGAAGGCACGGGGACAGUGUACCAGGAUGUUCUGUCCUGGCUCCAGUCCUCCAACACCCAGCUGCAGUUAUCUGGAGCACUGGCCAUCGCCAACUUUGCCAGGAACGACAGUAACUGCGUCAAGAUGAUGGAGCUGGGGGUUGUUCCUCAUCUCUUGGAUCUGCUGGAGCUUCACGUGGAUGAGGGAGACGUUUCGGUGCAGCACGCUGCCCUGAGUGCCCUCAGGAACCUCGCUAUACCAGUGUCUAAUAAAGUGCGCAUGCUAGAGGACGGCGUCAGCCUGCGGAUCAGGACCCUCCUGCGCUCUGACAUGCCCCCUGUCCAGUUCAAAUUGCUUGGGACCCUGCGCAUGAUGGUGGAUGGCCAAGAGGAGGCAGCUACCGUCCUGGGAAAGGACGGGGUGUUACUGGCGCGGGUUAUGGAGUGGUGUGAAGCGAAGGACCACGCUGGUGUCAGAGGAGAGGCAAAUCGGCUUUUAGCGGCGCUUAUCAGACACAGUCGCUCCCCAGAUGUCAUCCACUCUGUUAUCAAGGCAGAUGGGGUCCAACACCUCAUCUCUAUGGCAACCAGUGAACAUGUCAUUAUGCAAAAUGAGGCUUUGGUUGCACUAGCAAUUGCCUCUGCAAUAGAUAUGGAGGCAGUACAAGAGCCAUUUCAGAGUGCUGAUCUGUUAUGCACUCUAAAGAAGAUGCUGGAUGACCCUGUAGGGGCAGUGGAGGUCAAGUUUAGCACUUUAGGCCUCAUCUGCAGCCUUGCCAACUCCAGCAUGAUGAAGGAGCAGAUGGAAGCUUUGAACCUGAAGGACAGUCUGGCUAAGCUCUCGAGUCACAGCAGCACCAAACUGGCCUCACAGGCAGAGUCGGUGAGGGCUGUGCUCUCUGAGAGCAGCUAGAACAACUGUCCAAUCUCAGCGGGACUACUGACUCCAAGCACACGCUGUUCUUCUCUUCACGCUCUACUAACCAACCCAGUCCUACAUUCUCUCAGACCAAAGCAAUCCCAACUACGUGCCCAUUAUAGAAUCAUUCAAAAACAGGGUGAUGUUAUUAUGGUAGAGGAGCUUGAUUGGCCCAGGAACGAAGCGUCGGCUCAUGGCUUCGUCCCUAGCUGCUCAGCGGUGGCCAAUCAAAGGACACUACGGGUGCGUCUCUAUAAGAUACCAGUCUUCUGUAUGAGAGGACUGAAAGAUCUGUAGGUCCUUCGGUAAUAUCCAUGACUUCUUUAUGUCCUGAACACUGUUAGGGGGAAAUUAAGUAUAUACAAGGUAACUGGUGUGCAUAAGAUAAAAGAUAAACACGUGGAAAUAUAUUGUGCUUUUUGGCAAAGCUGUAUAAAAUUACAUGUGCUAAUUUUCUUUUAAUGCUAAAUAAUGAAAUGCAAAUGUAUUUUUGUUA